AUGGGGGGCAACUCCAUGGAGCUGAAUCUUCCCGUGGUGGGAUCACAGAUUGUCGGACUCAUCCCGCUCGCUCCGAUCCUGGAAGCUGCGGAUUACUACAUCCGGGAGGAGGAUCUGUUUGUGCUGGAGGAAGAACAGAAGGUGAAGCUGGCAAUAGAUCGCCUCGGUCUCAGCGCGAUGGCGCCGUUCAAUCCCAAGGAGAGGAUAGUAGACUACAUUGCAGCAGAUCCGGAUGGAGUGUUAGUGAGCAAGACGGUUAAGGACUUCAUACCGGUGGGAGCGCGCACAGCCGCUCCCAGGAGAGGUGCUCCGUCGCUGCCGUCGUCGCCGCCCUGGAGAGCAGAAGCACUAGAGAAAGGUCUCAUCACUGCUAUUGAGGUGCCUCUCAGUCUAGCCAGAACGUGUAAUCAGGUGUGGCCGGAUCUACAAGAAAUGGCGAAGAUCGGAAAUUCGGCGACCCUGUCUGACCUGCAGGUGGCAGCACGGUGCUUGGAGACGGGCGUCUGGGGCGCCUACCACAACGUGACGAUCAACCUCGACAACCAGCACCUACGCGACGCUGACUACCGCUCGCGCAUCGCGGCCGAGGCCGAGGCACUCACACGCGUCGCGGCGGACGGGGCCAGCCAGGUCUUGAGAGAGGUCGCCGCGAGGCAGCGCAAGUAACGUAACCGCGGCGACGAGGCAGGGCAAGCAACCAUGGCAACGAGGCAGGGCAAGUAACCGUGGCGACGAGGCAGGGCAAGUAACCGUAGCAACAAGGCAGGGCAAUUAACCGUAGCGACGAGGCAUGGCAAGUAGCCAUGGCGACGAGGCAAGGCAAGUAACCGUGCCGACGUGGCGGCAGAAGUAACCAUGGCAACGGGGCAGUGCAAGUAACCAUGGCAAUGCGGUGGCAUAAUUAACCGUGGCGAUGCGGAGACGAAACGUGGAACGAAGGCACAGAUGGAUUUUGGAUACUAAUAACAAAGAACUGAAGAUAGUUGCAAAAUUUGCAGAUUUGAUCUGAAUGCAGUGUGUAACGUCAUUGCCAUUUUUCUUGGUUGAACAAUCUCGCAUUUGAUCCUUUAUACCAUAUAGGUGUCCUUGUAUGUAGUGCUAGUAGUAUCUACUCUUAUGGUAAUUAUGUGUGAACUCGCUAAAUUGCUCAAAGAAAAUGUGAUCAUUAAUAAUUAAUAUGCACUUGCUUUGAGAAAUAAGCAAGAUCGACUGCUGUAGUAGUUAGGUCUUUUAAUCAUCGUCAUAAUAAUGGAGAUGUUUUGCUCAAACAUAGAGUGCCAAACUACGUGCUCCAAAUAUGAGGGAGACCAUUUUUGUUUUAUACUAUAAAUGUAACGUUUUAUUGGUGAGUGAUGAUGAAUACUGAGCCAUACGUGAAUUACAAUAUAUCGUUACUAUAUCUAUAUAUAAUAUCAUAUAGAAUUACUCGUAUAUUUUUAACAAAGUCGAAUAAAACUAUAUAGUGAGUAUUUUAUAUGCUACUAUCAUGAAGUCAAGAGUCCAUAAUAGAAACGAUUUUCUAUUUUAGAUUCUUGAUAAAAUGUGACUUUCAAAGGCACUGACAUGGAUUCAGUGGUCGUGUUGGAAAAGGUUGGACAAAACUAGGAAAUCAAUGUCACGUGGCUUUUAAGAAUCAUUAAGUUUAUAGGCGUUUUCUAUGUUGUUAAUUGUUCGUCCCUUACUUACAUACAUUGGUUAAUUGUUUACAAAUGCGAAAUGUCUUGUUUUUCAUGUUGGUAAUUCUGUUAAUAAACCAGCUAUAUAUGGUUUAAUUCUCAGUAAUAUUGUUACAAAGAUAACAAAUGUUAGUUGAAAAUUGGUUUUGUCAUCUAUUGUCUAUAACUCUUCUUUGACUUGAUCUGUGCGCCAAAUCCUUUUAGUAAUUGUACUAGAAUGCGAUGGAUUUAUUAAAGAUGUAAAAGUAGAAUUUUUUUAGGAAAUAGUGCGGUAUAACAGACUCAAGGUAAAAGUGUGAUGAUAAGUGUCAGCCAAAUAUGUGAAGUUAAACUAGAAUCCUUGAAUGUGGAUGAUCGGCCACUCACAUUUUCUUAUAAGAAUAACGUAUAAGAACGUUUUCAUGUGUGUCGUUCAGUGCUAUUUUGGAGUAAUCAUUCUGAAUCGGUCUCAUCAUUACUCCAAGGUGCUAUGAAAGGUGAAUUAAAUAACACUUAUUAUAUGCUCACGAUAUAACAAUAAACUUUAUACACUUUAUUAAAAAAAGUGAUUUUUACAUGUGUAAGUACAAAUACAGUGUUAUACACGUGGUUAUUGUGAAAUGUGCAUAAACCAUGUUUUUACGUGUUAAUUGUUCCCAGAACGAAUUAUUGGCACCAAAACCUACAGCUGCCAAAAUAUUACAGUGUGUCAGCCUUUGAUUCAUCUUACCAAACAAUCUAAAAAAAAUGGCCUAAAAUCUAAAAUCUAAUUUCAGAAACCUGAUUAACAAGAUUGAAAUUCGUUAAUUAUUAAACUAUAACAACAUUUAACCAUCACUUUCUAAUAAAUUGCGUUUUUAAUCUAUUUUUGAGUAUCACGUUCAUGGCAGCACAUUUUCCAUGAUAUGUUAUUAUUAUAAUGUAAGUGUACACAGAAAUACUUAA